AUGUUUAAAAGGACCGUGGUGUGUGUGUGUGUGUGUGUGCAUGCGUGUCAUGCCCUGAGGGACACAGGAAGCCAGCUCAUCAUCACUCUGUCCUGCCUGACCAAGGAGGAUACAGGCUGGUACCCGUGUGGCAUCCAGUGGGACUUUGCCAGGGACGACUUGGAUUUUACAGAGCUGGUUGUGACUGACGACAGAGGAGGCCUCGCCAGUGAUUUUUGGUCUGGGAAAGACCUAUCAGGCGACAGGAACCGGAGCUGCAGGGCUUCCAAUGUGGCUCACAAGGCCAAUCCCUCCAGGAUGUCCAUUCUCAUAAUCUGCAUACUGAUCACAGGCUUGGGGAUAAUCUCUAUAAUUAGUCACUUGUCCAAAAGGCGGAGAAGCCAGAGGAAUAGAAGGGGUAAGUGGCCAUUGGGGGUGGGGAUUAAGGAAAAUGAAAGGGCCAAGGAAAAACUUUCACACGAGUGAACGUGCCCCUCAUCUGUUGCCUGGACCCAUGGAGGCCAAUGCAGUCAGCCCAUAGACAGGGGUAGAUUCUGCUUCAUGGUGACAAAGGCCCCGUGAGAUGUCACAGAGAGGACACAGUAGCCUUGGUAAGUGGAGGUAUGUGUAGACUAGGGAGGAGGGAGGCCCGGAGAUGGUCACACCACGGGUCCCAGUGUGUGCGAGGGCCACCUGCCCCCCCAGCACACAAGCUUUGGGAGGCAGCCUUACUCUUUGAAACUUUUUGUUCAUCUGGAGGGACUUACCAAAGGACCUCUGGGGCCACUGGGUAAGCAGACAUAGAAAAGUCUCCUUGAGAAGGGUCAGGAGCAGAAGAGGACAGGCCCAUGGCCUCAACUGUAGUCUUAAGCCAAGGGAGGAAUAGCCCUUAAGCUUUGUGUCUCCUGCCCUUGGGCAAUUACAGGUAAAGGCCCAGCUAGAAGCCAGAGAACCAGUCAAGCUCCUUCUAUGAUCCCCACACCUCUGGUAAGUUCCUUCCUUGGCUCUUCCUGGGCCCUGCGCCCCACAGCCACCUGAC